CGACAGGCUCUAUCUUUGUUACUAGUUGUCUAGUAAGUAUGAUGUCUCAUUUCUUUCAUGUUCAUCAAGUAAAAUUUAUUUACUAGUCUACUUGUCUGAACAAAACUAGUACUUGCCUGGAGAAAAUGAAAAGCAUCUACUAGCAGACUAAUAUCAAUGUUGUGGCACCACCAUCAACGAACUACUCAUCUUCUUCCCCUUGAAUCUGUAUUAAGUUGCAGUAACUUCAUUGAAAUUGUAAGACCACUUAUUUGUAGUUUAUCAGGACCACGAGCGCUCACCCCCUCAUAGGUGAGCCAACUCCUAUCCUAUCCUCCAAAAAAUAUGAAGCCGUCUGGUUCAAACCCCUGUCUAGGAGAGGAGAUUAGUUCCGGCAACCCUUUCGCAGAGAUGGAUUUAGGCGAUUUUGACGAACCUAAUGAGGACCACGCUUUACUCAGUAUGGGAGGACAUCAGAUGAAUGGACAAGGGCAACAGAAGAUGAAUGUUAAGGACAAGAACGUACAGUAGAAGAAGUAGAUCAUGUCAUUUUUGUAGAAGCUUUUUUAUAAAUGGAUUUAUCCACUCUAGCCACAUCUAAUCUCACGCCUGGACAGAGUCCGCCUGGGGGUCCACCCGCAUUGCAACAGAUGCACUUGCUAAUGCAGAUGCAGCAAAUGAUGAGCAAGAUGAUGAAUGACCAACAGUUAAGACUUUUUUGCCGGAUGUAAGUGCGUCGUAGUAGUAGUUCUAUCUUUGAUCUGAUGAUGAAUGAGUUUACUGUAUACUGGAUCUCUUACGAAGACCAUCCUCUUAGGUGUAGCUUUUCCUCCUAGGGGAUUCAUGCUGUUAGAUUGUGGAGAAGAUGACAAGAAACAAACAGAAACACGUGACUCAUUUUAUACAAAUGAUUGUGAUAAGCUCGUCUAAAGCGAGGAUCACAGCAGCCAGGCGGCCAACCGCAGCAAGCGGGCGCCCCACCACAGCAGCCAGGCGGCCAACCUCAACAAGCUCAGCAAAUGGGAGGUCACAUGGCCCAGAUGCCUUCGGGACAGCAGAUGAUGGCACCGCUAGUUAAGACCAUCAUGUCAACGUCACUCCUGAUCUAUAUCCACUUACUCAAUUAUAGGAGAAAGAACAUUUUAAAGUUCUCCAUCUGAUGUUCUCCAUCUGAUGUCUUGUAAUAUCAUAAUGUCUUGUAGUCCUUGAUGUCUAAGUUUCGGAAUGCUCUUCCUGUCCCUCCUGGUUGUAAUGCCUUGAUGUCUAAGUUUCGGAAUACUCUUCAAGGAAUGAUGACAGGUGAGCAGGAGUUUCGGAUCCUCAUGACAGCUGAGGAUCCUUCGCUCCUGCCGGCUCCUGCCGGCUCGAUUUUAAAGUUCUCCAUCUGAUGUUCUCCAUCUGAUGUCUUGUAAUAUCAUAAUAUCUUGUAAUAUCAUAAUGUCUUGUAAUAUCAUAAUGUCUUGUUGUCCUUGAUGUCUAAGUUUCGAAAUGCUCUUCCUGUCCCUCCACAACAGCAGCAAGUCGCUCCUCCACAAGGCGUGGCACCUCAAGGAAUGAUGACAGGUGAGCUCCUCAUCGCAGCUGAGGAUCCUUCGCUCCUGCCGGCUCCACCACCAGGCGUUCAGGGUAUCCCCGAGUGGGCAGACGCGUAUCAACAAGGAGAGACGGCACCAUUGUACUUAGGAGGAGAGAAAAGAAAGGAAAUCUUGGACUUCAACUCAAAAAAUAAAUUAAUGACUAACUAAGGAAAGCACCUACAAUCUAAAUAAUUCAUCACCCUUCUUAUUAUGUAGUGACUUUCACUUUCUUGUCAUUGAGGAAUCUGAGUGGUUGUUCUUCAUGGUCUAGGAGUAAUUUAACAUGAACGACUUACUAUACAGCAAUAGUUUUCAAAGACGACGAAAAUCCGAUAGCUACUAGUGAAGAAUGUCUGUCUACUAUGCAAGCCUCAACAACAAUAUAGCACCUCCUUAUCAGCUUUAAUCAGCUACAAUACUGUUGAGUCUCCUUGUACUGUCUGAAACCCCGCUAAUGCUUGGCUGGAUCAAGAAUUCAGUAAAGGAAGGCAGAAAAGGGCCCUUUGGUUUUGUCGCUUCAGAAAGCUUCGCCCAAGGAGUCAAUUUGUUUGCUGCUGUCUGCUCUCUAUCACCGCAAACUAUCGCAAGAGCAGAGGAAGAACAGCGCUUGAUGUUAAGGUCAGACUUUAUCCAUCUUUCUCGGCAUCUUCUUGGUCAGAUUUUUCCUUGUAUUAUCCCUGUGAAAUGAUACAACAAAGGUAGAAGUAAAGGGGUCGAGAUGUUGAGGGUCGACGCAAGAUGAAUAAAAGCGGACGCUAAUGAUGAAUCAGGGCGGCGUCGCCGUGGGACUCGAUAUCAAUGAUUUAUUUCGGCGGUAUUUUGCUGGUUCUGACGUAGAGGUUCGCUUCGAGGUGCAUCGGCAUCCUACCGACGUUAUGACAACUACGUAUAACUCAUACCAAGUAGUUCUAUAAACUGAUCUAAAGGGUCAAUACUACGUCAACCCACCUUUGACAGACGGAAUAAGAUUUUGUUCUUAGACUGGAGAGACGUCCUAUUGCUCAAUCUAGAUGAAUACUAGUAGUUUUAGUUCUUAGACUGAAGAGACGUCCUAUUGCUCAAUGUAGAUGAAUACUAGUAGUUUUUGUUCUUGGUACGACAACACCUCUUCUAAUGAUGCGUCCAAGCUUCAAGCAGGCAACUGUGUGCGUGUGGAUGGAACUUUCGGGGAGUGGUGUCCUGGGCAACCACAGGGUGUAGGGAUGGCACCAAUAAUGCAACCAGCUGGAAUGGUUGUUACGAGGAACUAUCGAAAAAUCUUUCAAAAAAGUUUUGUUGUAGGUUCGUAGGUAGAAGUAUGGAGACCACGUUGUAAAAAAAGAAUAUUAUAUACAUAGAUUGAAGACCAUUUUUCUGUUAUACAAAUAAGUAUGCAGUAUUAUCAAUACGUAAGAAGUCAAUGCAUCUUAGACUGAAGAUUGUAUCAGUAUCCCUGGUCUACUGCUCUGAUACGUAUUUUAGGCUGAAGAUUGUAUCUAUCAGUUUCCCUGGUCUACUGCUCUAAUGUUCCUCCACCGGUUUUCAAUCCAGCUCCUGCGCCACCAAUCUACAACCAAGCGGCUUUUCAACAGACAGCUUUAAGGCAGGCAAGACUAAGAUGAUGUAUUCUUUCGUCCUGUGAAACAUUAGACAUUUGCAUUCCUAUUUCGAAUCUAUCCACCAGCAGCAAUGCAACCUCUAUCUCUGCCACAUUAUUCAUCACCACUAGCUUAAAGUCUUAGUACUAAGUCACCUCUAUCUCUGCAAAAUUAUUAUCCACCAGUUUUCCUGGCUAAUAACAAUACUCCCCUAAAAUGGCAAUAGUUUCAAAUCUCAAUCUCUCCUAAUCCAUCCCCAAGAACUAAAUUCUAGUUCAAAUUAUCUCUUCCAACCCCUCCCCCACUAACCUCAAGAGUUCACCUCAUCUUCUAAUUCACCCACCAGUAGCCUCGUCACCAGUAGGUGUCCCUUCGAUUCCCCAGUACGGAUCAACCACGACACGCAUGAUCCCGCAGUGUCGUCCGCUGAUCAAUCCAGUCGCUACAGCGCCACUCGAUCGGCAUCUUGGCUUCGUAUCGAAGCAAAAUCUCACGUCAGCGUCAGGAGAUCAGGGAGUGGCAAUGGCCGGCCAGCAAAGCAUGAUCAGCAGCAUGCCACCACCACAAGGACAGCCAUCGCAAGCAUUAUGUCUCUGUCAGUAGUUCAAGUUCAAGUUCCUUCAUGAACAAGGAGAAAUGAUGAUAGUUAGUGCAUGGAGUAGAAUUAUAACCCAAUUAUACUGGUGAAUGCUUUAUAUAAUGAAUGCUUGCUCCUUUAACCUCGAUCUCGGUUUAUUGUUGCUGAUUUUGAUUGUGUUGAGUUGGAAGUCUGAAGAUACUGAAUGAUCCCGUCUAAUGCAAAGCGCAGCAUUAGAAGGUGAUGACGAUUUGACUGGACAGGAUAGGCAAAUCGAACGCCUUUACCGAAGAUACAGAGAGGAAAAGCAGGAACUGCUCGCUUUGCAGGAGAAGCGGAAAACAGCAGACUCUAGAAAAGCAGCUUUGAAAGAAAAAGUCAGGACAUUGGAGAAGGAGUUGAGCAGCGCAAGAGCCCAAUUAGUGCAGGAGUUUCCUGAACAAGAAGCUAAGGGAAGAGAAAAGAAGAGUGACAGUGAGAUGACUUCUUGAGCUGAAAAUACAAAGAUAUUACAUUCUAAAAGACCACUACGCCGUACUCAGAAGUUCUGCUUGUUUGAGGUUGAAGUUGUUGCAUAAGGUUUGAAUACUGAAUAUUCAUACUAACUUUUCCCUCAUCUAAUUCAAGCAAGGAGCAGCUGCGAAGAUAUGAGGAGCGAGAGCGGGAAGCACAUCUGUGUGAGAAAUUGCGAAAGUUUCAAUCAGACUACUUGUUGGGACUAUUAUUCGACGAUGAACAAGAGGCAGCACACCCACAGGCAGGGAAUAAAACUAUAGGUGGGACGAGCGCUUCCUCGUUCGGAGUGAGAAUGAAUACUCAACAUUCCUCGAAUACAACAACGACUGGCGGGAGAAUGAAGAGCACUCAGUCGUUGUCGAAUACACUGACAAGUUUACGAAGAUUUUCUUGGUGUAAUUUGAAAUAAGUAGGAGGUAGGUAAAACUGCGGACGGCGGACACCCUCCUAAAAAUCCUAAUCCUAGGUAGAUGAGCAACAACAUCCUUUUUUUGUUUGUUUCGCAUAUAUGACUGAUUCUUUCUAAUUCUGACGAAUACUUUGGCCAGCAUGAUGAAGAAAUUGCCUGUGCGCGGACGGGAGAGAUCUAGAUCGCCAUCAAGGAGACAGCAUCGAUAUAAAUGACUCUUCAACAGCGGAGGAGCAUGAGGACUUGGGGUUUCCUUAAUAGCAGCAAUGUGUUGAUUCCGAAUCAUGGGUCCCUUCAGGGAAGGGACCAAGACUCCUUUGAAUGGGACGACCAAUACUCCUUUGAGUGGGUCUUUACAACAGGAGCAUUAGAGUAAAUGACACACGGGAAUGGAAAGGACAUGUUGAUGUUGCUGCUGCAAAAGCAGAAGAAGGAUUUUAUUGUAAAACGCAAGUGAGGCUGUGGAGCGGGAGACGAGGUUCUCUAAAGAAAAGGGCCUGAAGAGUCUUUAAAAGGGACUUGGUCCUAGGAUUGUUGGCUGGGCAUGAAGAACCUGACGCAGUCAAAUGUUGACGGAAUAAAACCACCUACUUGGUCUCUAAUGUUGCUCUGCAACUCCCGUAAGACUUGAACUCUAACUCCAACUUGAACUCUACUUUGACUCCUAUUGGUGUCUGCAACUUGCCAUCUGGAUGGUCACACAAGCCUCUGCUGGAGAUGGCUU